CUGAGCAACUUGGAGAGUCCCUAAGCAACUUAUCAAGAUCCUGUCUCAAAAUAAAAAAUUAAAAGAACUAGGUAUGUGGCUCAGUGGUUAGGUGCCCCCUGGGUUCCUUGCCUGUAAACCCACCAGCAGAAAAAAAGUUUCCAGACAUUAGCAAAUGUUCAUAUCACCCCCGAGAGAACUUCUGCCCUUGGAGACUGCGAGCUCGUGGUGGCGGGGUCAUUCAUUCUCCUCUUCCCUACUCCAUGCCCGGAGUGAAGAAAACUCGGGGCCCAUAGAUGCUGAGCUCUAAGGUGUGUGGAAUGAUGAACAAGACUCCAAUGUGUGAAGAGCCUGGCUCAAGGAGAUGAACUGUCACCCUGUGGCACCGUUUGAGCAGAGACUGGGAAUCAGGAAUGAUGGCAGAAAUGCAGUUGGAGGCAGGAAGGCAGACCAGGAAGAGGGCACAGCCUGGAUGAAAGCACAGAGGGCUCAGAUGGGCCUGGAGAGCACAGCACUGCACUGGGCCCAGGGAGAGCCUCAGGAGGAGGAGGACAUCCCAGGAACAUGGAACAGCUUGGGCUACCACUGCAGGGAUCAAGUGGGACUCUUCCCUGAUACUACACAGUCAUUCUCUCUGCUGGGGCCUGAGGCCAAUGAAACUCCCACUGGGGGAGGGGACAAUGUAUCUUCCAAGCUCAGGACACCAGGCUCAGCUCACAUUGAGGGUCAGGUGGCUGGGGUUCCCUGCUCUGAUCAUGGCCCACAUAGGGAGUGCUCACACACCUCAACGGGACACGAAAACACAAGCCCAAGCCACCAGAAGGAGCCCUGGCUGGCAGCGACUGGGACAAGCAAGAGGCAGAUGGUGGUUUUGGAUACAAUGUGUGGGCCAUGGGGAGAGGUAGGCAGCCUGCAGAGGGGCUGGCCUGGAGAAGGCUCCAGAACAGCCAGGGCCAGGGGUCGGGUGUGGUUGGGGGGCGCCCCCUGAGCCAGCAGGCAUCCUGGAGAGCCUUGGCACCCAGGCUGCUGAGCCAGCACAUUGUUCUGUGUACAAGUCACCUCCUUGCCUCCUUCUGUCCCAUCCCCCAUCUCCCUCCAUGUCUAAAUUCUUCCCAAACCAAUCCAGCCAUGAGGCUGUCAAG